UUCUCCGAAGCAACAAAGCAGCCUCUUAUAUUCUAUAUAGACUAUCUCACUCCCUUAUCCCCAUCUUCAUCCUCAUCACCCUCUAUGCUCUCUUUUCUCUUUCUUCACAUCAAAAACUCACCAAAAUUACUCAUAUACUACCUAUAUACAUAAUUACAUAACAAAAAGAUUGCAUCUUUCUUUUAGUUUAAAACCAUUAUGUAUACACAAAAUCUCCAACGAAAGUCAAAUUCAAAACCAAUAGUGAUUAGAGAAGUAUGGGCUGCUAAUUUGGAUUAUGAAUUUGAAUUAAUCAGCAACAUAAUAGAUAAUUACCCAUAUAUAUCAAUGGAUACUGAAUUUCCUGGUGUAAUCCACCGUCCUCAAACUUACACUCAUGGUAGUCGUCCUUCAGAUCUUUACAAAUUUCUAAAAUCCAACGUGGACGAUCUAAAUCUCAUCCAAGUGGGUCUCACUUUAUCCGACGUGUCAGGUAAUCUCCCAGAUUUAGGUACAGAUAAUCAGUUCAUCUGGGAGUUUAACUUCUCUGACUUUGACGUUGACCGUGAUCCACACGCGCUUGACUCAGUUGAGUUAUUAAGAAAACAAGGUAUUGACUUUAUUAAGAACAAAAAAGAAGGGAUAAAUUCUGAGAGAUUUGCUGUUUUAAUGAUGUCUUCUGGUUUAGUUUGUAAUGAAUCAGUAAGUUGGGUUACAUUUCACAGUGCGUAUGAUUUUGGGUACUUGAUUAAAAUUCUCACACGUCAAAGUUUACCAUCGAGUUUAAAUGAGUUUUUAGCAAUUGUAAGAGUGUUUUUUGGGGACAAAGUUUAUGAUAUAAAGUAUAUGAUGAAGUUUUGUAAGAGUUUGUAUGGAGGAUUAGAUCGUGUUGCGAAAACAUUGCAAGUUAAACGUGCAGUUGGGAAGUGUCAUCAAGCUGGUUCUGAUAGUUUGUUAACUUGGCAGGCAUUUCAGAAAUUGGUGGAAGUUCAUUUUGUAAAUAAUGUACCUCAUUAUCAUGCUGGUGUGCUAUAUGGACUUGAGGUUUACUAGGAGUAUUAUUGUAGUUUUAUGUAGAGAUACUUUUAUGAUUCAUUGAUUUGAUUAUAUGUUAACUUAUAAGAUUAGUAUGCCAAUGUAGUAAACUUGUAUAUUGGCUGUUAUUAUAUUUAAUUAAUCUACUCUAUUCAUUUUAUGAACUA